AACAGCAGAGUAGAUCUCUACAGCAUUCGGAAAAAAAUACACACAACACACAAUACACAAGACAAGAAAGACUUCUGGAAAACGUCUCUUCGGGUAUCCUGUGACAAUGAGUAGUGGUGGGACAACGACAGUUUCACCACAGGAGCCUCAGGCUUUCAAACGGGCAGUACGGAAGAUAAAAUGCGCCGCUAUGGUGGCCAACCUGGCCAAGAGCUGGCAGGGCUGGGCCAGUGAACACUCCGACAAGCAGGACGCCAUCCCGAGUGGCUGGAUGCCUUCAUCUGUUGAAGAGGUGGACAAAAAAGAGCGUAACCAUGACGUCAAACUUACCGUCACCCCGCGUGUUGUCACGGCUGAUGGCGCCAACGCCAAUGGGAGUAAGAUCCGGACGGGCUCAGUGACCAAGUCUGUGCAGCCAAAACGCAGCGAGUGCAGCAGCAGCGAUGUGGUCAACGCCAUCAGAGGCAGGAUGGAGUCGGGUCCCGAAGAGUGCAAGCCGUUCCUGGGCAACGAGUCGCCGACACGUCGGCGCCAGAUGAGGGCGCUACAGAGCGCGGGAGGAGGAGCGGGUGGACUCAUCCAAGACAGGAAGCAUUUGCUCCAGCAGGAGAAGACGCUGGGGCCGAGGAGCAGCAGUGUUGACACAGAGGACAGCGGGCUGGGAGAGGAGGCCGCGCUCAGCGACAACAGCGACGCAAAAAAUGAGCACGGUGACAUCCAGCCCAAGACACGGACCAACAGGCCCAAGAUUAAGAUUUCCACUGCGAGCGACAUCAAAAGCCGCUGGCAGCAGUGGUCUGAGCAGCACAUGGAGGGCCAGAAGCUCAACCCCUUCAGCGAGGAGUUUGACCACGAGUAUGCCAUGGCCAAUCGCCUCCGCAAGGGCGACUCGGGCUACGGGCGACCCAAAGACGGCUCCAAGACAGCAGAGAGAGGCGACAGGGCCCAAAAACACAUCCAUAGGGAGAUGGAGGAGAUGGUGUGGAUUAUCAGAGACAUGGGGUUUAAGGAUAAAGAGGGGAGGAUCAUCAUUUCCUUCGGUCGGCUUUUUGACCGCUACGUGAAGAUCUCAGACAAAGUGGUGGGCAUCUUGCUGCGCUGUCGCAAACACAAGAUGCUGGACUUUGAAGGGGAGAUGCUGUGGAAAGGACAGGACGAUGCUGUCAUCAUUACACUGAGGGACUGAGGACAGAUGUUAUGUCUUAUGAACAUUAACAAACACAUGCGAACCCACCUGCAAAUCUCCCACAUCAGCUCGUCAAGAGAAAUAAUGCUAUCAAUGCUAACCGCAAUGCUACACACACACACAA